UCACUUCCUAAAACCCUAGCUCCCCUUCACUUCCUAAAACCCUAGCUCUCCUUCUCCCCUCUCUGACGUUACAACUUGUGGUCUGCACUUCUGCCUGAAGACCAAUGGCUAAAGCUGCUGAAAAUCAGGAUGUUGGGAUGGGGGAUCCUGAAGAGCAAUCCUCAGAAUCUGAAUUUGAAUCUGAAUCAGAAGAAGAGGACCAAGAGCAAGUAGUGAAGUUGGCUGAACCUUCUAGGAAUGCUGUUUACAAUAAGGAUGGUUUGCUAGACAAGCUUGGAGAUAUCAGCUGGCCUGAUAAAGCGGGUUGGAUACAUAAGCUCUCAAUUGACAUAGACCAAGAGGGAGAAGUGGAUGUGAAUGAUGACUUGGCAAGAGAGCUCUCAUUUUACACACAGGCCUUGCAGGGAACUCGAGAAGCCUAUCUCAAGUUUCAAUCUGAUGGGGUUCCUUUUUUGAGGCCAUCUGACUAUUAUGCUGAAAUGGCGAAGUCUGAUGUCCACAUGGAGAAAGUUAAGGGACGCCUCUUAGCAGAAAAGAAGAAGAUCGAGGAGGCAGAGGAAAGGAAGAAGGCCAGGGAGAACAAGAAAUUGGCGAAAGAGGUGCAGGCACAAAAACAAAAAGAGAGGGCUAUGCAGAAGAAGCAAGAAAUUGAGUCUGUCAAGAAGUGGAGGAAACAAAGGCAGCAAAAUGGGUUUGACAAAGAUUCAAAUGCUGAACUUGAUUUGGAUUUGUCAGAUGGCAAGGUUUUCCAACGGCCAAACAAGAAGCGCCCAGGGGUGUCUCCUGGAGACCGUUCUGGAGGGAAGGGCAGACCAGGUGGUGGUAACAAUAAAAAAGGAUUUGAUAAAAAGCCGAAGGGCAGAGAAAAUAGGAAUUCGAAAUUUGGAUUUGGUGGGAAGAAAGGCCUAAAGAAGCAGAACACUGCUGACUCUACCAAUGAUUUUCGAGGAUUCAGCAGGAGUGAUUCCUCAAGUAAAAAGAGAAGGGUAAAAUGAUUAACUUAUAGUAUUUAAUAGUUUUUUUGAAAUUUGUGUUAGGAUCAUUAUCUUAUAUUGUAAUGCAAUGGCCUCUCUGAUUUUCUAUUCUCAAGUUUCUGUAUUGAACAGUGGUGUACUUUUUAUAUCUGACUUGUUGAAUGCCACCUUUUUGCAUACUAGAAAAUGCAGCCACAUUCUUG